CCCACAGCCUCGGCCAGGAUGCCCGUUGCCAGGAGCUGGGUGUGCCGGAAGACCUAUGUCACCCCCCGGCGCCCCUUCGAGAAAUCCCGUCUCGACCAGGAGCUGAAGCUCAUUGGCGAGUACGGGCUGCGGAACAAACGCGAGGUUUGGCGGGUGAAGUUCACCCUGGCCAAGAUCCGCAAGGCGGCCCGUGAGCUGCUCACGCUGGACGAGAAAGACCCUAAGCGCCUCUUUGAAGGCAACGCCCUGCUGCGACGGCUGGUGCGCAUCGGGGUGCUGGACGAGGGCAAGAUGAAGUUGGAUUAUAUCCUGGGCCUCAAGAUCGAGGAUUUUCUGGAGCGGCGCCUCCAGACCCAGGUCUUCAAGCUGGGCCUGGCCAAGUCCAUCCACCACGCCCGGGUGCUGAUCCGCCAGAGACACAUCCGUGUGCGGAAGCAGGUCGUGAACAUCCCGUCCUUCAUUGUGCGCCUGGACUCGCAGAAGCACAUCGACUUCUCGCUGCGCUCGCCCUACGGGGGCGGCCGACCUGGCCGCGUCAAGAGGAAGAACGCCAAGAAGGGGCAGGGCGGUGCCGGCGGGGCGGAUGAGGAAGAGGAGGAUUAAAGGCCUGGCAGCCCCCUGCUGGGCAGCCUGCACUGCUGUAUCUCUCAAUAAACCGGUUUGGAGUGGA